AUGGCUGCUCAAUUUAGGAAAUUUUUUCAAGCACUAGGCAGUAAAGAGUUUCGAAAUUAUUUAAUGAGCACGCAUUUUUGGGGGCCAGUGGCUAACUGGGGAAUUCCAAUUGCUGCGAUUAUUGAUAUGAAGAAAGAUCCCGAAAUUAUCAGUGGCAAAAUGACAACAGCUUUAUGCGUUUACUCAGCCGUGUUUAUGAGAUUCGCAUGGAUGGUCCAGCCUCGUAAUUAUUUAUUAUUUGCUUGCCAUAUAACCAACGAAGGUGCUCAACUGAUCCAAGGAGGCCGUUUAAUACGCUACACGUUAGUACUAACAAGAAGAGUAUUUAUUCCAUUCGUUGUUGAAUUGCAAAUCAUUUAA